AUGAGGGUGAAGAGCUUAAUUUAAAAGAAAACACAAUCGCAACUUUCUGUAAAUUAUUCGGGAUCGCCAUGUCAGAACAAAACAUAGACCCCAGUACGAGUAAUCAAAGGCCUAAAGAUAAAGGGAAAAUUGCAAUGAACUCCAAAGAAACUCAUUCUGUGAGCAAACGAUUGCAACAAGAGCUACGCACACUGUUGAUGUCGGGAGACCCAGGGAUCACUGCAUUUCCAGAUGGUGACAAUUUAUUCAAAUGGAUUGGUACUUUAACCGGACCAAAUGGAACAGUAUACGAGAGUCUUAGCUUUAAACUGACACUUGAAUUUCCAAGUGGCUACCCUUACCAUGCCCCGACAGUGAAAUUUGAGACACCAUGCUACCAUCCAAACGUAGACAACCACGGAAAUAUAUGCCUCGACAUCCUCAAGGAGAAAUGGUCUGCCCUGUACGAUGUGCGAACUAUCCUCAUCUCACUUCAAAGCUUACUCGGAGAACCAAACAAUGACAGUCCACUGAAUGCACAAGCUGCUGAGUUAUGGGCCAAUCAGACAGAAUAUAAGAAAGUUCUGCUGGAGAAGUACAAGAGUAACGCUGCGGCUGGAAAUUCAUGAUUCUGAAUACUGAUAUGUACGGGAUUAAAGGGACUAGACACCAGAUGGUCCCAAAAUCAGUGAAUACAUUAUUUCUGCAUAACAAGCCUAAAAUUGUCAAUACAAGCUAGUAUGAUUCAAAUUAACACACUGUUUCGGCAGAGUUAACCGGUUUAAAAAUAGAUCAUUACGCUUUCCUAGUUUAUAGUGUGUGUCAUGUUAUUAGUACAGAUUUAUAUACGGACGCUAUUUUUUCAUUUACUAAGGUAUUUAUUUGGUAGACAAACCUAUGUUUGAAAUUGGAAAAAAAGGCAAAAACUGUGAAAGGUACAUGUGUCAUUGGGAUGUAAUACAUCAGAAAGCAAGAAUCAAUGAGUUGUACGCAAUGAUAUCAAUUUUAUGUACAGGUAAGUUUUUGACAUAUUUUCUUGUUUUUCUGGCAAUUGUAUUAUCUGGUGUCUAUUCCCUUAAAGGACAAUUGAUAAGAGGAAAAUCUAUACAUCAUGUGAACAUGUUCAGUCCUUAGUUUAAACAAUGAUGUCGUUAUGUUCUGUCGCGUCUGUACACCAUUGUUCAUGACUUUAUGUGAUAUGUAAAAUAUAAAUAUGUAUUUUUUUCAAAUGUUCAGGAGCUUAAUUAUUUAGUACGGUCUUGUCACUGUGUGACUUGGAACAUUUUGUUUAGCUUAAUAAUUCAGAACAUUUGAUAACAUUUCAAAUUUGUAAAAGUAACAGAUUUUUUUCUUCUAAGAAAUCUUCAUUGACAUCAUUUGAUGGCAUAUAUAUAUAUCAGCCUGAAAAUUACCGUUUUUUAUAUUACAAUUUUAAAGAACAAAAACAGUUGAAGUAAACAAAAUCUGUAAAAACGAAACAUGCACUCGUACUCCCAAAUAAAAUUUACCACAAUGAAAACAUUUGUUUAAAUAUUUAAAAAAAGGAUGACAAAAUGUCAUAAAUAAUAGUUCUUAUAAAGGAUACCUAGUUAAAUUUGAAAGAAAGCUUCAGUUAAUACAAUAUACAUGUGUAUGUAUUGAUUUUGAAUAUGAUUGUCACUUUAACAAUCUAACGCCACUAUGCAAACCUUAUUGACUGUAUAUUCAUCGAUCAUUAUAGCAUAUUUUAAAUCUGCUUUUGGCAGGACAUUUUCAUAUUGUACAUUUACAUCAUGCUUGUGACUGUUUAUUUCUCCCAUUCAAAUGAAAGAGAGACAUACUGUAUUUGUCAUUUUUCUUCUUUUUCUUCAAUGAAAUUUUGUCUGGAGCAGACAUCGAGAAGUACUUGAAGGUAUUGAUUGAAAUUACCUGUGUGAAGUUAUGCACCUUACAAGAACUCUAACUCUGGGGCACACAAUUGUAAAGUUAUCUCCUAUUGUUAAUUUUUGAUAAUUUAUUUGUCCAGACACUUAAAUACUAAUUAAUUUUUUUAAAUAAUGUAAAAUCUAUAAUAUUUAACCCCCAUCUUCCUUUAACUUAGCUCUAGUUUAAGUAGGGGAGACAUCAGUUUUCGAAGGCGGCGCCUCAAAAACAACAUUUUCAGUUCAUAUUACAAUAAAUAUGCCUUUUGUGUUGCAAAUUUAUUAGGAUAUUUGUUGAUUUCAUUGUAAGAUUUAUUUCAUAGGUGUCGUAGAAAACAUAUAAUCCUGAGUAUCUGUUAUAUCACAAGUAUUCAAUCAUCGAUGUCUUAUUCUCUGAAAACUUUAAUUGGAAACAUUCUAUUCAAUAGUUAUAUCUUUCUUGUCUUUUUCGUUUAUGCUGUCAUCUGUGUUUUAUUGAUAUGCAGAAUGUGUGUCUUGUUUAAAUGCACCAUUGUCAAUUCAUCGUCUCUAUCUUGUCAUGAAUUGUUUCCCGGAACUGAUUUUUAGCAUCAAUGCAAUGAUUGUGACAGUGUGCAAGUGAUCCAAUCCUUUACUGGAAAAACCUAUACGAUUAAUUCUAUUGCAUAUCUACUGUUUUGUAUUCAAAUCUAACCGUAGAUCAGCUGUGAAAUAGCUGUGCUCAGGGGCGUUGAAGGUUAUGCUUGCUUAGAUGCAAUUAUCAAUAUCAUGUUUUUUGCAAUAUCUGUAUUCUUCAUAUCUUUGUAAAGGAGUAGUCUGUAAUAAGUUAUUGGUUUUAACACUAUUAGUUUGUCAUUGGCGUUGACAUUUGCAAAACAUUGGCCAUCACUCGAAAAACAUUUAUUACAGGUACAAAUAAAACUUUUUACCAAUGUUUUUUGUGGGGUCUUGUUUUGAACUAAUGUUGCCCGAGAAAAUAUGCACAUGUAUAGUCAAAAACAUUUUGCUUCAAUAUUAUUUGAAGUAAAAAAAAAGAUGACAGAUUCUUUUACUUGUUUUGUGAUGCUUAACUAGAUUGUCUAUCACAGUAAUGUCCAUACUCUGUGUAAAGUCUGUAAUGUGUGUAAUAUCUGUACCAUGUAUUAAUUCUGUAAAGUAUUCUGGCUAUCUAGUGUGUAGGUCAUGCUGUUAGGAAUGACAUUUGCUCAAUAUUUCUCAUCUUUUUCUCAUUCAUUAACCUUCCUCUGUCUUGAACAUGUAAUUAUUUGUAAACCAUUUGUACAAUAUUUGAAAAAAAUGUGUUAUAAAUUGACAAUAAAAAUGUAAUUUA